AUGAUAUAUCACUGGCGAAAAACCGUGGACAUGAGUACGCAGAGGCAACCUAGUCCCACGCAGUAUAGAAUAUGUAAGUCUUUCAUUUGUCGUCUGCGUUCAUUCUUUCCUAUUUUCCUUCUGUCUAUCAACUUCUUCAUUUUUGGCCUCUUUCUUUGUCUUCACCCUUUAUUCUUUCAUUUCCGUUUUACAUUAUUCGUAUUUUUCCUUCUCCUUUUUGGGUUGGGAAGUCCCUAUUUUAAUUCGUUUCAUCUGGCUUUCCUCAUUUUUUAUUCUUCUUUUCCAUUUCUCUUAAUCUAUUCCUUCUUUUGGUUGUUUCUUUCUUUAAUUCAAUAUUUUCUCUUUCCUUUCUUCCCACUUAAUUCUUUGUUCCUUCUUUAUAAUUUCCUUCCAUCCCUUCUCCUCCUCUCUCAAUUCUCACUUUUUCUUACUCAAUUCAUCAUCACGAUUGCCUCAUCACAAAACAACUCUUGCCUUUUACAAUAUUUAGAAACUAAAGACACAUACACAUCUAUCUAUCUAUCUAUCUAUCUAUCUAUUACUGUUCAAUAUUUAUCUACCCCAGCUUUUUCAAUAUCUGUUUAUCCUUAG